AUGGCCAAUGAGAAUCACAGAAGCCCUGCGGAGGAAGCGUCUCUCAUGAGUCACUCACCUGGCACCUCCAACCAGAACCAGCCCAGCUCCCCCAAACCCAUGCGCCUGGUACAGGACCUGCCAGAUGAGCUGGUGCAGGCUGGCUGGGAGAAGUGCUGGAGCAAGCGGGAGAACCGCCCGUACUACUUCAACCGCUUCACGAACCAGUCUCUGUGGGAAAUGCCUGUGCUGGGACAGCACGAUGUCAUAUCAGACCCUCUGGGACUGAAUGCGGCUCCAAUGCCACUGGAAGGUGGGAUGGCAGAUGCUUCUGUGGAGAGCAAGCAGAGGAAGAGGAGGUACUCAGAGGAGGUUGCACCAACUGGCAACAGUGUGAAGAAGCCCAAGGUGGAUGUCCCAGGGAACUCAGCUGCUCAGCCAGUCCCCAGCUCUCCCAGUAUUCCAGGAACCUCUGUUUUGAAGGCAUGGUGUGUUUCACCUGAAGAUAAACAGCAGGCAGCUCUUCUACGACCAACUGAAGUAUACUGGGACCUGGAUAUUCAGACAAAUGCCGUGAUUAAGCAGAGGGCACCAUCAGAAGUGCUUUCUCCACACCCUGAGGUGGAGCUGCUCCGGUCCCAGCUCAUUCUCAAGCUGCGGCAGCAUUACCGUGAGCUCUGCCAGCAGCGAGAAGGGAUUGACCCCCCGAGAGAGUCGUUUAAUCGCUGGAUGUUGGAGAGGAAAGUGGUUGAUAAAGGGACAGAUCCUCUUUUACCGAGUGACUGCGAGCCAGUAGUGUCUCCUUCCAUGUUCAGAGAGAUCAUGAAUGACAUUCCCAUCAGGUUAUCCAGAAUUAAGUUCCGGGAGGAAGCCAAGAGGCUGCUCUUCAAGUAUGCUGAGGCUGCGAAACGUCUGAUUGAAUCCAGGAGUGCUUCCCCAGACAGCAGGAAGGUGGUGAAGUGGAAUGUGGAGGACACCUUCAGCUGGCUGCGACGGGACCAUUCUGCCUCCAAGGAGGACUACAUGGACCGCCUGGAGCACUUACGCAAACAGUGUGGGCCCCAUGUGUCUGCUGCAGCCAAGGACUCUGUCGAAGGCAUCUGCAGUAAAAUUUACUACAUAUCCCUGGAAUACGUCAAGCGUAUCCGGGAGAAGCAUCUUGCCAUACUCAAAGAGAACAAUAUCUCCGCUGAGGUGGAAGCUCCUGAGGUCCAGGACAGGCUGGUGUACUGCUACCCCGUGAGACUGGCCAUCCCCUCGCCGCCGCUCCCCAGCGUGGAGAUGCACAUGGAGAACAACGUGGCGUGUGUGCGCUACAAGGGGGAGAUGGUCAAAGUCAGCCGCAACUACUUCAGCAAGCUGUGGCUUCUCUAUCGGUACAGCUGCAUCGAUGACUCGGGCUUUGAAAAGUUCCUGCCUAGGGUUUGGUGCCUUCUCCGUCGAUACCAGAUGAUGUUCGGUGUGGGGCUGUAUGAGGGGACUGGUCUGCAAGGGGCACUUCCCGUGCACAUCUUUGAAGCCCUCCACAAGCUCUUUGGAGUGAGUUUUGAAUGCUUUGCCUCGCCCCUGAAUUGCUAUUUUAAACAGUACUGUUCAGCCUUCUUGGACACAGACGGGUAUUUUGGAUCCAGGGGCCCGUGCCUGGAUUUCUUCCCUAUAAGUGGCUCUUUUGAGGCAAAUCCUCCGUUCUGUGAGGAGCUGAUGGAUGCCAUGGUCUCUCACUUUGAGAAACUGCUGGAGAGCUCCAGCGAGCCACUCUCCUUCAUUGUCUUCAUCCCGGAGUGGCGGGACCCCCCCACGCCAGCCCUGACGCGCAUGGAGCAGAGCAAGUUCAAGCGGCACCAGCUCAUCCUGCCGGCCUUCGAUCACGAGUACCGCAGCGGGUCCCAGCACGUCUGCAAAAAGGAGGAGAUGUACUACAAGGCUGUGCACAACACAGCCGUCCUCUUCCUGCAGAACAGCGCCGGCUUUGCCAAGUGGGAGCCCACGCCGGAGCGGCUGCAGGAGCUUGUUGCAGCCUACAAGCAUUCGGGCCGGACCCUCAGCUCCUCGUCUUCCUCCUCCUCGUCCUCAUCCUCCUCCUCCUCCUCCACAGCGGACAAAGAGCGGGAGCUGGGCCGAGAGCAGAGCAGCAGCCGAGAGACUAAUCCCAACUAAGGCAGAUGUGCGAGGCAGCAGGGGAGGUGCCGGCGGCCCCGGGGGAGGCUGGCCGGGGCAGCAGAGACUGCUGGCUGCGCAGCGCCGGCCUGGGACUCGUGCGCAGCAGCUCCACGGCACCUGCUCUCCUCUGUGAACUGCACGCCAGCCCCCAGGAGCCGGCAGCGCCCGGCGGCCAGUGGGAGAGAAGGCUCAGCCGCGGCCCUCCGCAGGGACGAGGGAGCCCAGUGUGGCGCGGCAGGAGGAGCCGGCAGCUCCGCCACGCCGGAGCGCCGAGGGAAGGGACAGCCAGAGCUGGGACACGCGCAGGCAGAAGGACGGCGGGACAGAUGGAGGGAUGGAUGGAUGGAUGGAUGGAUGGAUGGAUGGAUGGAUGGAUGGAUGGAUGGAUGGAUGGAUGGA